GAGAAACGGUAUAAAAACCUCUCACCAUGAUGGCCUUAACAUGCACCGCACACAGAGUAAGCUUUGAAACUCUGAUCGGAGCCCAAUUCUCUUAACUCAGCCACCGUUUUCCGAAUCAUUCAGAAAACAAACACAGAGAGCUUUUCUCAACUCAAUUUCCCGCUACGCUUCAUUCGCGUGUCUGCUUCAGAGUCUGCAAGGUUUGGAACAUGUUCCCUGGGUUGUGGUUGGGGAAGGUUGCAAGGGACUGAGAAUGUGAAAAUGGUUUAUUGGGCUUCUGUAAUUGAAGGAAGCAUCUUUAUUGUGCACGUGGAGCUGUCGGUUCUGGGUGUAAAUGAUUAUUGUCAGGUCCUCACUUCUUGUUGGUAUCACUCUGCUGUAUAAAGUAGAGUAAUUAGUGGCCAUUUGCAGAAAGAUACUAGCUAACAUGGAAUGUAAUAAAGAUGACGCCUCAAGGGCUAAAGAACUUGCAGGGAAGAUGCUUUUACAGAAGGAUUUUGAUGGGGCAAGAAGGCUUGCAAUGAAGGCUCUACAGUUAUAUCCCAAACUUGAUGGCCUUGCUCAAUUGCUAACAACUAUUGAGGUGUAUAUCUCUGCUGAAAAAAAAGUUGAUGGAGAAUUUGAUUGGUACAGGAUCCUUGGUGUGCAACCCUUGGCUAAUGAGGAAACAAUUCGAAGACGAUAUAGGAAACUGGCUCUUACUCUGCACCCUGAUAAAAAUAAAUCCGUAGGUGCAGAUGGGGCAUUUAACCUUAUCUCACAGGCUUGGAGUUAUUUAUCUGAUAAGGCCAAGAGAAUCUCCUAUGACCAAAAGUACAAUUCAUUGGGUAUAUAUCGUGGAAAUCAUGGUGGUAUUCCUUCUGUACCAGCUAGUCAGAAUGGUGUAUAUAAUAAUAAUGUCUUCAAUCCUGUGAUGUUGAAAUCCACAUUUUGGACUGUGUGCACUUUCUGCCAGACAAAGUUUGAGUACCAUAAUGUUUAUAUUAACUGCAAUCUUGUCUGUACCUGCUGUCAUAAGCCAUUUGUGGCUUCUGAGACAUUGCCUCCACCUGGACACAGAAAUAUUACAUCCACUUCAAGAAUUUCUCAGAUGAAGCAACAUAACUUCAACUGUACCAGAAUGGAAAGCAAUCAUGUUUCAGGAAGGACACCAACGUCUGCUGUCAAUUCAUCCCUUGGGUCAGGUCCUUUCUCUAUGCCUGACAAUAUUUCCCGUGUACCGACAUCAGCUUCUUGUGUUGCAGAAGCUCCUGGUGUUUUUAGGAUGUCAUCUGAGAAUUUGAAGAGAAGGCGUGAAGAUUCAACACCUGUCUUGAGGGAUGAUGUCCAUUUUGGGAAAACUCAUACUGCUGAGAGAACUGGUGCUGGUUCAGCUUUUCAGUUCUGUAGUUUUGGUUCAAAUUCUUUUGUGAAAGGAGAAAGGCCAAGGAUAAUAAGGCCCAUUGAUGAACAUAAAGUCAGAAGUGAUGGUAGGGAUUUGGAAAACAAAGCAGCCUCUCAAAAUGAAGGAAUAAACUUGGCUAAUGGAUUUGGGUCUCAAAAGAAUAGUUUUGAUACAGGAAGGGUUAAUGCUGCCGGAAAUUACAAACGCAAUGGUGUUAGGGACGUAUCACAGCUUCAACUAAGGAGCAUAUUGGUGGAAAAGGCACGGAAGGAGAUUCUUAAAAAGCUUGAUGAAUGGAGUGCUUCUUCUGCAUCAAAGAAUUUAGACAAGUCAAAGAAAACUGACACAGACAUCAAAGAGAAGAAGGGCAAAGAAAGGGCAAUAACUGGUGUAAAACCUGGUCCUCAAGAAUUUGUUGAUUCUGAGACUGUCAGCAAGAAGUGUUUCUCUGCUGAUCCAGAGCCAGAGCUGCCUGGUUCUCUCUCAAUGAAUGUUCCAGACCCAGAUUUCCAUGAUUUUGAUGGAGACCGCAUUGAAAAUGCUUUUGGCGAGAACCAGGUGUGGGCUGCUUAUGAUAAUGAUGAUGGCAUGCCACGCUAUUAUUGCUUAAUUCAUGAAGUAAUCUCGAAGAACCCUUUCAACAUGAGGAUCAGCUGGCUGAAUGCCAAAAGCAAUGAUGAAUUGGCCCCUAUAAAGUGGAUCAGUUCUGGCUUUCCCAAGACCAGCGGAGAUUUCAGAAUAGGAAAGCGUGUAUCCUAUAGCACUCUUAAUUCCUUCUCACACAGGGUUAAGUGGACAAAAGGUUCAAGGGGAGUUGUCCAUAUAUAUCCAAAGAAAGGCGACGUAUGGGCUCUGUAUCGAAACUGGUCCCUUGACUGGACUGAAUUCACUGAUGAUGAAAUCAUACAGAAAUAUGACAUGGUAGAGGUGCUUGAAGACUACAUUGAAGACCAAGGUGUGAAUGUUGCCCCACUUGUCAAGGUUGCUGGUUUCAAGACUGUCUUUCGCCAGAAUGUCGAUCCAAGAAAAGUCAGGAACAUUUCAAAGGUGGAGAUGUUUCGUUUCUCACACCAGGUACCUUCUUACUUGCUUACUGGUGAAGAGGGUCACAAUGCUCCUAAAGGUUGCUUGGAGCUUGAUCCUGCUGCUACACCCAUGGAACUUCUUCAGGUGUUUGCCGAAGAUCUGGAGCAAGAAAUUGUUAUGCCAACUGAAAAGCCGGUGGAAGAUGAAUUGAAGCAGAAAGAGAAUUCCGGGGAGGAUGGUUUGGUUGAUAAGGGAGAAGGUUCUGAUGAAGGAAUGGGAGAGAAGAGAAGAAAGCCUGAGAUUUUGUUUGUAUAUAAGCGGAGACGUCUAGGGAAAAAGAAAGAGCUGGGAAGUGGAAAGUAAUGUUAAUGACUGGAAGAGAUUCUGUGUUCCAUUAUUUAGCUAGAGAUAGCAGAUUUAAAUAGUCAACAAAACUAUAGCUAUAGCUUACAAUCACCAAUUCAACAAAACUUAGAACAUCUUUUGUUGUUUUUGCUGUAUAUUGGCGGGGUUACAGUUUUGCAUUUAGUGUUGAAGUUGCCCUCAGGACUUAUUUCAGUUGUAUCUAUGAAACUUUCUGAAAUGCCAAUGUGCGCCAGUUACUAGUUUCUGCAAGCCAAUAAAAUUCAGCAUCAUUCAGUUUACCUCUUUC